AUGAUCAUUGGGAAGUCAGCCAUCCCUUUGAUGUUCACAAUGUUUUUGCAAUACUCUAUAAAUGCUGUAUCAAUCUUAUCAGUUGGUCAUAUUGGUGAAAAUGAACUUGCUGGUGUAUCUUUGGCCAAUGUUACAUUUGUUGUAACUUCAUCAAUAUUCAUUGGUAUGGCAACCUGCUUAGACACAUUAUGUCCACAAGCAUAUGGUGCAAAGAAAUAUCACCUUGUUGGUACUUAUCUACAAAGAUGUGUUACACUUUGUUUCAUUAUUUCCAUCCCAGUCAUUAUAGUUUUUUACUUCAGUGGAUCAAUCUUGAAACAUGUGGUCCCAAAUGAAGAAUUGGCAUAUCUUGCCCAAUCUUAUUUGAGAAUAGUCUCUAUUGGACUACCUGGUUAUAUCUUGUUUGAAUGUGGUAAAAGAUUUUUACAAGCACAAGGAAAUUUCUUUGGAGGGCAGUAUACCUUGUUCUUCUGUGCUCCAUUAAACGCAAUUAUGAACUAUUUAUUUGUCUUCAAGCUUGGAAUGGGGUAUUGUGGAGCUCCGAUUGCAGUUGCACUAAACUUUUGGAUCAUGGCAAUAUUGUUGUUUAGUUAUUGUGUGCUCAUAGAUGGGAACCAAUGCUGGUAUGGAUUCCAAUGGAAACAAUGUUUUAAAGGCUGGAAAGCAAUGAUUGAUUUAGCACUACCAGGUAUCCUUAUGAUUGAAGCUGAGUUUCUUGCAUUCCAAAUUAUUACACUUUCAUGUUCCCGUUUUGGUACCACUGCUUUGGCUGCUCAAUCAGUUGUUUCAAGCAUGGCCUCUCUAAGUUUCCAGAUACCAUUUUCAAUUAGUAUUGCAGCUUCAACAAGAAUCGGAAGUCUUAUUGGGUCGAAUUCAAAGGAGGCUUCCAAAAUAUCUGUGAAUGUUACAUUGUUCUACUCUUUGUUUUCAGGCCUGUGGAAUUUUUCAAUUCUUUUAGUCUUUAGAUCUCAAAUUGCUGGAAUCUUUACAUCUGAUCCUAUUGUUAUAUCUAAAGCAGUUUAUGUCUUCCCAAUUGUUGCUUUAAACCAAUUUUAUGACUGUUUCAAUGUUCUGGCUGCAGGAUGUUUAAGGGCUCAAGGCCGUCAAAAGAUAGGGGGCUACCUUAAUUUGGCUGCGUACUAUCUGAUUGGUCUGCCCUUAGCUAUGCUUCUUGGUUUUAAGUAUGGAUAUGAGAUUAGAGGCCUAUGGGGAGGUUUAGGUGUUGGGAUCUUUGUACUUGCACUAUUAGAGAUCUUCUAUAUCUACACUUCUGACUGGGAUAGGAUCAUUGAAACUUCUAUUCAAAGGCACAAGCAAGCAGAAAGUGACAAAAUAAUAGAUGAAAAUACAACAUUGGUAUAG